AGUUGGCGCCAUCUCUACGCAACCGGCUAAAUAGAUUGACAUUUUUGACUAAGUUUUUAGCAAGACAACGAAACAAGAUGCAAAAAUUCAACGCUUAUUUACUCGCUACUCUAUUUAUAGGAAUUUUGAUCUUUUCCUUUGCUAGUAGUGCCGAAGAUAAACCCGAAUCAGAAGACAGCAGCGUUGAAGUAGAUCAAGAUAAGUUAGAAUACACGAAGGGCUCGUUGUGCAACUAUUGUAAAUACUGCAAAUUUUGUAAAUUGUGCGACAAAGACUGUCCUUGCGAAAAAUCACCUCAAAAGCCCAACUGUCACAUGUGUAAGUACUGCAAAUUUUGCACCUUAUGCACAGUUUGUGAUAAGGUUUGUCAACCGAACGGCUUCAUCGAUCGUAUGUCAGCAAAGCUUAUCAAUGCUUUCUCACCCUCCGAUGCCAACGAAGAUCAAGUAAAGAAAGAUUUGAAAACUGUUGAAAAAUGGGUCAAGGAAGAGUUAUAA